GCUGAAGGCUCCAAGAUCUACUCAGUCCAGUCACACCACCUCACCACACCCCCGCGCUUUCUGAUCAAGCGUUUCGAUCUCGAUGUUUACUCUCUGAAUUUGCGUUUGGGAUCACAUUGUAUCCACUUGCUUCAAACCCUAGGCUCAAUCAUUUCAUGAACGCUUGUCAGCGAUGGCUUUCAUGGCGGUCUUGGAAUCAGAUCUUCGUGCGCUCUGCGCUGAAGCUCGCCGUCGUUACCCGGCUGUUAAGGAUGGAGCCGAGCAUGCUAUCUUAAAGCUUCGUUCGUUGUCAAGUCCCAGUGAGAUUGCGCAAAAUGAAGACAUAUUGCGAAUUUUUCUGGUGGCUUGUGAGGUCAAGACUGUCAAGCUUAGCGUUAUUGGACUUUCGUGUUUGCAGAAAUUAAUAUCUCAUGAUGCAGUUGCUGUAUCUGCCUUAAAAGAGAUAUUAUCAACACUUAAAGAACAUGCUGAAAUGGCAGAUGAGAUUAUUCAACUCAAGACACUUCAGACAAUAUUAACAAUAUUGCAGUCACGUUUACAUCCUGAAGAUGAGGACAAUAUGGUUCAAGCUCUUGAUAUCUGUCUUCGGCUUCUCGAAAACAAUCGAUCCACUGAUAGCGUGCGUAGCACUGCUGCAGCUACCUUCAGACAAGCAGUGGCCCUGAUUUUUGAUCAUGUAGUUUCUGCCGAAUCUCUUCCUUCUGGCAAGUUUGGUUCUGGAGGUUACAUUUCUCGAUCUGGUUCCGUUACUGGUGAAGUUAGUCGCAGCAUUAAUCUUUUGGAGUCAUUGGAGCAUGACUCUAGAGGGUCAUCAUUGAUGAGAGAAAACCUAACUAAAGCUGGAAAGCUUGGGCUUCGUUUGCUUGAAGACCUGACAGCUCUUUCUGCAUCUGGAUCUGCAAUUUGGUUACAUGUCAAUUCUCUUCAACGCUCCUUCGUACUUGAUAUACUUGAGUUCAUCUUGUCCAGUUAUGUGGCUGUUUUUAAAAUUCUUCUCCCAUAUCAGCAGGUUUUGCGUCACCAGAUAUGUUCGCUUUUAAUGACUUCACUCCGUCUCGAUGCUGAGCCUGAGGGAGAAGCAGGAGAGCCUGCUUACAGGCGUUUGGUUUUGCGGUCAGUUGCUCAUAUUAUCAGGCUUUACAGUUCAUCUCUUAUCACAGAAUGUGAGGUUUUUCUCAGUAUGUUGUUGAAGGCAACUUUUCUUGAUUUGCCUUUAUGGCAUCGCAUUCUUGUUCUUGAAGUCCUGAGGGGUUUUUGUUUGGAGGCACGAACUUUGCGGAUUCUCUUCCAGAACUUUGAUAUGCAUCCCAAGAACACCAAUAUUGUUGAGGGCAUGGUUAAGGCUCUGGCUAGAGUUGUUUCAAGUGUACAGGGUCAAGAGACUAGUGAGGAGAGCCUGGCAGCUGUUGCAGGGAUGUUCAGCAGCAAAGCUAAAGGAAUCGAGUGGAGCCUUGAUAAUGAUGCGUCCAAUACUACAGUCUUAGUUGCUAGUGAAGCUCAUGCUAUAACUCUGGCUGUUGAGGGUUUGUUAGGAGUUGUCUUUACAGUGGCUGCAUUAACAGAUGAAGCAAUGGAUGUUGGUGAGCUUCAAUCUCCGAGAUGUGAUUCUGAUCCACCUAUUAUUAAGUCUACCGGGAAAACAACACAUCUCUGUCUCUCAAUGGUUGAUUCAUUUUGGUUGACCAUACUUGAUGCAUUGUCUCUUAUUUUGUCAAGGUCACAAGGAGAGGCUAUUGUGUUGGAAAUACUAAAGGGAUAUCAGGCAUUCACACAGGCAUGUGGGGUUCUUCAUGCCAUUGAACCUUUAAACUCCUUUUUAGCAUCACUUUGCAAGUUUACUAUAAAUUUUCCAAAUGAAGCAGAGAAAAGGAGCAGUGCUUUACAGUCUCCUGGUUCGAAGCGCUCUGAAUUAUCAGUUGAUCAAAAAGAAAGCAUUGUCCUUACCCCCAAAAAUGUGCAGGCUUUAAGAACCCUCUUCAACAUUUCUCAUCGCUUGCAUAAUGUGUUAGGUCCAUCUUGGGUCUUGGUCUUGGAAACCCUGGCAGCUCUAGACCGAGCAAUCCACUCACCGCAUGCCAGCACACAGGAGGUCUCUACUGGUGUAAAAAAGUUAUUGAGGGAAUCGUCUGGCCAGUACAGCGACUUCAGUAUUCUUUCCUCUCUGAAUUCUCAGCUGUUCGAGAGCUCAGCACUGAUGCAUAUAUCUGCCGUGAAAUCCCUUCUUUCUGCAUUACGUCAGCUUUCAGAGCAAUGCAUAUCUGGAACUUCAAGUGGCACUGGGCCAUCAUCAAGUCAAAAACUUGGAAGCAUCACUUUUUCAGUGGAAAGAAUGAUAUCCAUCCUUGUAAAUAAUCUUCACAGAAUAGAGCCCUUGUGGGAUCAAGUUGUGGGUCACUUUCUUGAGCUUGCAGAGAAACCUAACCAGCAUUUACGAAACAUGGCACUAGAUGCAUUAGAUCAAUCCAUAUGUGCUGUUUUAGGUUCAGAUCACUUCCUGGACUUGUCAACCAGACCCAAAGGGAUAUCACAGAAUAUGGAAACCAAUCAAACCACACUUGCAGAAAUGAGAUCACUUGAAUGUGCUGUCAUUUCUCCGUUGAGGGUUCUAUAUUUCUCUACUGAGAGUGUGGAUGCACGUGCUGGGUCUUUAAAGAUUCUUUUGCAUGUUUUAGAGAGGCAUGGAGAAAAAAUGCACUACAGUUGGCCAAAUAUUCUUGAGAUGUUGAGGUCGGUAGCUGAUGCUUCAGAGAAGGAACUCGUCACUAUGGGUUUCCAGAGCCUACGUGUGAUCAUGAAUGAUGGACUUUCCAAUAUACCACCGGACUGUCUUCCUGUGUGUGUAGAUGUGACCGGAGCUUACAGUGCUCAAAAGACAGAGCUUAACAUAAGCUUGACGGCAAUAGGCCUUUUGUGGACUACAACUGACUUUAUUGCAAAGGGGAUUACACAUGGACCUGUGGAAGAAAGGGAAACAGAUGGGCACUCUGUUUCAGAGCAAAUGGAUGGUCAAAAACCAGGAGAAAAAUCACUCAAUGUUUUGGACCAAGCUUCCUUUGUUCAACAUGACAAGUUGCUUUUCUCAGUUUUCUCAUUACUUCAAAACCUUGGAGCUGAUGAGAGGCCAGAGGUCAGGAAUUCUGCUGUGAGGACACUUUUUCAGACUCUUGGAAGUCAUGGACAGAAACUUUCUGAAAGCAUGUGGGAGGAUUGCCUUCAGAAUUAUGUUUUUCCCACUUUGGAUCUUGCUUGUCACAUGGCUGCAACCUCAUCUAAAGAUGAAUGGCAAGGAAAAGAGCUUGGAACUCGACAAGGAAAAGCUGUCCACAUGCUCAUACAUCAUAGUCGUAAUACAGCUCAGAAACAAUGGGAUGAAACACUUGUACUUAUUCUUGGUGGAAUAGCUCGUAUUCUACGUUCUUUCUUCCCUUUCCUCAGAAGCUUGAGGAGUUUCUGGUCAGGAUGGGAAUGUUUGGUUCAAUUUGUAAACAAUAGCAUUCUAAAUGAUAGUAAAGAGGUUGCUCUUGCAGCAAUAAACUGUUUGCAAAUAACUGUUCUUUCUCAUUCUUCCAAGGGAAACUUACCGAUGCCUUACCUUACAUCAGUACUUAAUACCUACGAGCAUGUUCUUCAGAAGUCAACAAACUACAGCGGUAACACAGCUAGCAAGGUGAAGCAGGAGAUUUUACAUGGUCUUGGGGAAUUAUAUGUUCAAGCACAAAAGAUGUUUGAUGACCGUUUGUAUACUCAAUUGCUUGGGAUCAUAGAUUUGUCUAUCAAGCAGGCCAUUGCUACAAAUGAAAGCUUUGAGAAUGAAUUUGGACACAUUUCACACGUGUUACGCACAGUACUGGAGAUCAUACCUCUGCUGGUUCCAACUGAGCACUUUUCUUCAAUGUGGCUAAUUCUUCUUCGGGAUCUUCUGCAAUAUCUACCAAAAUCAGACACCCCAGUACAAGAUGAGGAAGAUGAGGCAGGACCUACCAGCGUUGUUGACCACAUUCCAGGGUUAAAGUAUGAAAGAUCUAAUGGGACAGCGUCCAUAUCCUCACAUAAGAGAGAAGCUAAAUCUCCAAGUUCACGGUCAAGUACAGUUGUUACAGUAGGCCUCCCCAGCUCUUUGUUUGCAGAAAAGCUUGUUCCUUUGUUGGUUGAUCUUUUCUUAAAAGCACCAUCAGUUGAGAAGUAUAUUAUAUAUCCCGAAAUUAUUCAAAGUCUAGAAAGGUCUAUGACUACUAGAAGAGACAAUCCCAAUGGUGCACUUUGGAGAUUAGCUGUUGAAGGCUUUAAUCGCAUUGUUGUUGAUGAUGUUUGCAAAUCAGCCUUGUAUGGAGGACUGGAUUCUUGUAUUAGUAAGCCUGCAAGAACACGUGUUUGGAAGGAAGUUGCAGAUGUGUACGAAAUAUUCUUUGUUGGUUAUUGUGGGCGGGCACUUUCUUCCAAUUCUCUCUCUACUGCAGUAGUGAAAGCUGAUGAGUCCCUCGAAAUGACCACUUUAGACAUUCUUGGUGACAAGAUUCUCAAGUCACCAAUUGAUGCACCUGAAGAUAUUUUGCAAAGACUAGUUUUCACCUUGGAUCGUUGUGCGUCACGCACCUGUUCUUUACCUGUUGAGACAGUAGAACUUAUGCCUUUGCACUGCAGCAGAUUUUCCUUGUCUUGCUUGCAGAAGUUAUUUUUUCUGAGCAGUUCUGAGAAGAAAGCUGACACAUGGAGCUCGGAACGAUCUGAGGUUAGCAAGAUCUCGAUUUUGGUGCUAAUGACCAGAUGCGAAGACAUUUUAAAAAGAUUUCCCACUGAUGAGAAUAACCUGGGUGACCGCCCUCUACCAGCUGCAAGACUGGAUGAAAUUAUGUAUGUCCUAAAUGAACUGGCUGGUCUGGUAAUUCAUUCAGACACAGCAUCUGUUCUUCCUUUACAUCCAUAUUUGAAAGGUGGCCUGGUGGAGAAAAAUAAUUGUGAUAGGCGUCCACACCUACUUGUUCUUUUUCCUUCCCUUUGUGAGCUUGUUAUUUCAAGAGAUGCAAGAGUUCGAGAAUCAGUGCAAGUGCUACUGAGACUAAUUACCAAAGAACUAGCCCUCGAAGCCUCCAUAACUAGCCAACACAUUCAAUAACAUACUUUUUUCACAAAAGCCAAUCCUAUGGGUUACUGGUGGAUUAUUUUUCUAAUCCUCUAGUAGAUGGAGAGUAAAUAAUUUGUACAUUAUUCUGUCAGUUGUUGUAGCCUUAUAGUUUUUUUGGCUGUGUCAAUUUUGAUUUUUGGUGCAAUGAUUUAUUCCAUUUUGUUGAGAUUUCAUGUACAAGAUAAGGUGUAUAUGCUCUUACCUUGCCUGCAGCUAUACGGUGUCUGGCAAUAAAAUUUAUUGUUAUUGCUUUCGA